CAUGGUGGCAUCUGUCCCUGCCAUGAAGUCGGAUUAAUGUGCACAGAAAACACAGCCUGGAAUGCCAUCGCUAAGUGCUAAAUAGAAAAUAAGCCGAACAGGUAUUUUUCAUUACUUGGAGGAGACUGUCUAAGCCUACAUGGGCACCUAAGUACGCAGUCAUCUCACUAAAGCUGGCAUACGAUCAUGGAGCAGCAGUAGAAAGGGAUCAGCUCCGGCAACAUGCUGAAAGACUAGGCUGCGGGCAACUUCUGCAGAUGCAGAGGAUACACCUUACAGGAUACCAGUCAAUAUCUGAAAUAAAAAAAAUCUAAGGAAAAUGGGGAAGGACGAGUGCAAAACUCUGCUGGACGCCCUGAAUAAAGUCACUGCUUGCUACAGACAUCUGGUCAUCACCCUGGGCAGCAGCUCAGACUCGCAGAACCUGCGGGAGGAGCUUAGGAGGACGCGGAGAAAGGCACAAGAGCUGGCGGCGGCGAACCGCUGCAAACUGACCGCUUUGCUGAAAGACAGGAAUAUCAGCGAGGAAGAGCGAUCCGAGUAUGAGCGUCUCUGGGUGUUAUUCACCAGCAGCAUGGAGCUGCUGGAUGCAGACAUGAGGCGGUCCCUGGAUAUCGGGCGGGAUUUCCCUCUAAUGAUGCCCGUCCGACACCUGGUCCAAACCGGAGUAAGUGGCAGUACCAGCACUGUGGCUGCCAGGGCGAUGAACGUUCACAACAUGAAAUACGAAGCUGAGAGCAACAUCGACACGGUCGAUCUGAAGGAGCUUCAGAAGGAGAUCAUCCAUGUCAGCCAGAUGAUAGAAGAGAUGGAGAUGAAGGUACAAGUAGCACCGUGGGCGGUAGAAGCCAAACAGGAGGCAGGUGCGGAGCUGAAGUCCACAGCCAGCAUGCGGAAAUCCUCUGCAGGCAUCAUCUCUCUCUGCGAGGAGCCCGCUUGCCUGAGCAGUGAGCCUGGCCUCCACAAAAUCCUGCCUGGAAUCGUUUUCACCGGCAUUCUCUUCAUUGCAGGAAUUCUGGCAUUUUGCGUAAUUAAACUUUCCUGA